AUGUGUGAAACAUUAUUGAAUCAAGACCAACAUAUUCAGACAUUUUUUGAUCGAUAUUCUUCUCAAGCACGAAUAGAGUAUCGAACUCGUUUAAAUGCUACAGUUGACUGUAUUCGUUUUCUUCUAAGGCAAGGACUUGCAUUUCGUGAUCAUGAUGAAUCCUAUGAUUCAAGCAACCAAGGGAAUUUUCUCGUGCUUCUACAAUUUCUUGCUAAUCAUAAUGAAGAUUACAAUGAUGUUGAUUUCAAGAAUGCUCCUGAUAAUCUCAAAUUAACAUCACCUGAGAUUCAAAAAGAAAUUGUAAGUGCUACUUCAAAUGAAAUCGUAAGUGCUAUCAUUAGAGAUUUAGGAGAUUCAUUAUUCGCUGUAAUAAUUAAUGAAUCUCGUGAUAUCUCUAGGAAGGAACAAAUGGCUAUUGUCUUACGUUAUGUUAAUAAGAAUGGACUUGUUGUGGAGCGUUUUCUAGGUGUUGAACACGUUGCUAGUACCACAACUCUCUCACUCAAAGCAACACUAGAUAAUUUCUUUUCAAGGCAUGGGUUGAGUUUUUCUAGACUGCGAGGACAAGGUUAUGAUGGAGCUAGUAAUAUGCAAGGAGAAUUUAAUGGUUUGAAGACAUUGGUGUUGAAAGAGAAUAGAUGUGCUUAUUAUAUUCAUUGUUUUGCCCAUCAACUCCAGUUGGCUCUUGUGGCUUUGGCAAAGAACCAUGAUGAUGUUAAUGAUCUUUUUAAUAUCGUGGCAAUUGUGGUUAAUAUUGUCGGUGCUUCGUCAAAGCGUUACGAUCUUCGUAGAGAUAAGCAAGCUUGUAAAGUUAUUGAAGCUCUUUCUAAUGGUGAACUUUCAAGUGGAAAAUGUCUCAAUCAAGAGACUAAUCUGCAACGUGCUAGUGAUAUGCAUUGGGGCUCACAUUAUGAUAUACUUGGCUUUACAAAUGAACUUUCUCAAGCACUACAAAGAAAAGAUCAAGAUAUUGUAAAUGCUAUGAAUUUAGUUGAAGCAUCUUCAAGAGUUGAAUACUUGUUUCAAUGA